AUGGAGGGCCACAAUCGGUUGUACAACAACUACUUUGCUGAGUCCUCAGUAUACCCCGACUACAUUUUUCGGCGCAGGUUCAGGAUGAAACGUGAUCUGUACUGCAAGAUUGUGAGGGAGGUUGAGGACCAUGACCCGUGGUUCAAGCAAAGGAGGAACGCUGCAGGAGAGCUUGGGCUGUCAGCCCUGCAAAAAGUAACUGCGGCUUUUCGUAUGUUAGCUUACGAUGCUCCUUCAGAUUCUCUCAACGAGUGCCUCCGGCUAGGGGAGAGCACCAUCAUUGAGAGCAUGAGGCGUUUCGUGCGUGCCAUUAUCGAGGUGUUCGGUGACGAGUACCUCCGGGCUCCGAACGAGGAGGAUACUGCUCGAUUGCUGGAUAUGAACCAGCGUCGAAGGUUCCCCGGGAUGCUUGGAAGCAUCGAUUGCAUGCAUUAG